CGCUGGAAACAUGGCGCUGCGCAUAGGCUGUGCUUGCGGAAGAGAAACAGUGCUGGGGAUCAGUCGCCGACUCUUGGCAGCGGUGCCCUGGUGUCAAAGUAAUCAGCGUGCUCACCAUACUUCUGGCACUUCUCUAAAGUACAUACCACGCCGCGCCGUACUCUACGUGCCGGGCAACGACGAGAGAAAACUGCGGAAACUGACUUCGCUGGACGUGGACUGUGCCGUUCUCGACUGUGAGGAUGGGGUCGCCCUCAACAUGAAGGAGGCAGCCCGCAAAACCAUCCCGAAGAUGUUGGCAGAGCUGGAUCUGGGGCGAACAGAGAAAUGCGUCAGAGUCAACUCUGUGUCCAGCGGCCUGGCCGAAGCCGACCUGGAUGUCAUUCUGCAGGCGAAGGUGCUGCCCACGGCACUCAUGCUGCCAAAGGUGGAGGACACGGGAGAGGUGCAGUGGUUUGUUGACAGGUUUCAACAGUAUUUAAAAGGCAGAGAGCUUAAGGAACCCAUCCGUUUGGUCACCUUUGUGGAAACGGCUGUAGGUCUGCUAAAUUUUAAGGCAGUGUGUGAAGCUCUUCGCGAUUUGGGGCCAAAGGCAGGUUUUCAUCACGAUGGCGUUGUCUUCGGUUCAGAUGACUUCUGUGCCAGCAUAGGAGCCACACGCACCAAAGAUGCUAAAGAGCUCCUGUACGCGCGGCAGAAAGUGGUGGUCACCACGAAAGCGUUCGGCCUCCAGGCGAUUGAUCUUGUUUACAUCGACUAUCAGGAUGUGGAAGGACUGAGGCGUCAGGCCAGAGAAGGAGCUCUCAUGGGCUUCACUGCCAUCCUGCGGCUUGAUCGUGCCACGUUGCGUUCCAUCAGUCGGGGCUGAAUACAGCAGCCAGUCAUUAGGCAGGUGGGGUCGGGUUUGAUGACUCUCUUGUGCGAGUCUGAAUCGGAGCAGCUCUCGGAUAGCAUGCGUUGAGCUCAUGUCACCCCGUUUGCCACUGCUAGUCUAAGUUCUUUGUAUGGGGAGGCCUGCAGAAACACUGUUUAUAUUGUUACACUUUCAGUGUGAAGUGUGUUUGUAUGUAGGAAAAUAGGAUAUUGGAAAUACAAGGCAAUAAAUACCCUUAGUAUGUUAGGCGUGAUGUUUUUCUAUUGAUCUGAUGCGUCUUUUACUUCUUUACUGACACAUUUUAUUAGAAAUUAUAAGAAUUGGAGGCUUGGUUUAAACCACACUUUUACAUUCAUUUUGAUGUUUUAGGACUAAGAUUAUUACAAACAUUGCAUGAUGGACAAAUAUUGUAUUAUUACAUUAUUAUUUUUAUAUAUUUUAUAAUCUGGGCUUAAUAAAAUUUACCCUUUAAAAUUAGUAAUAAUUUAACCAUUUAUUUACAAUCUAAUCUGCUACAAAAGAGGAGAGGUACAUUUACAAGUACCAACAUAUAUUUUCUCUUUGUGUAUGUAUGACUGCACAUACUGUGUCUAAGCAUUAUUUCAUUGCCCCUGAACUCCCCACCUGUAAAUUGACCUUGAAUCAUGUUUAGACCUGUUUGUACCUUUAGAUGCAUUAUUGAGUACACAGAUACUGUGUUGUGCAAUGAAUAAGAAUGAUUGUAUGAAGUUGUAUGAAAGAAUGUAUUAAUAUCUGGUAAAAUAGACAAUAAAAUGUUUAUGAUUAAGGUGAAAGGUAUUUUUUUAAUUAUAAAUAAUACAAUUUUAUAAUAGUUUAAUUAUUUCGAUUCCUUUUUAUUUCAUAGCUCUUUCAGUUCAUUAAUAUUGAACUACUAUAACCUCAUAUUUUAAUAUUUUGAAAAAAUUGCCGUUUUUGGCCAGUCUUUCAUAGAUUUUGUCACUCUAAGCGCGCUUCUGAAAAUCAUCUUUCAUGCGCACUCUGUUAAAUGGUAGUGGGCCAACCAGACAUACCCAAACCAGAUGGCACCUUAUGAUUGGCCUGCCACUGCACAUCAUUAAUGCUCCCUAAUGCCAAUCGGCCAAUGGCAGUGUGGCGUAAGGCCUCACCACGCCCACUUUGCACGCUCUGUCACUAGCUGGCUCGGAACAGACUGCUCCUGAACAGGUGGCAGUCUGGGGAAGGGGGCAUAUUUUGUUGAUGUGAGGGAACGACCCCCUGCCAGUCUUUUCUGGGAUGGGCGUCACAAACAUGGACCUUGAGCCUCAGCUUUAGGGUGUUGAUCCAACAGGCCGUCUCCUCCAGAGCCGCGGAGGGACGGUACACACACAUGCUGGUCCUCAGCCUCCAUGAUUUGUCCGUCUGCGGCACUGUUGGCUCAAUAAGAAAACACCGUCACCAAGCUGGUUUGGUAUAUUUAGAUCGAAGCUCAUGUUUUAGCUGUCAUUGGUAAAGAGAUGCAUUUCCUUGACGCCUCAUUCACUGUCAGUUACGUGGCUGGAGCAUAUUGCCGUGAUGUAUUUUGGCAUGACAAUGUGUAAAAGUAGCAGCAACACCUGUGUAUCGCAAGAGCGUGUUAACAUGUGACUGACAUUAUGCUGCUUUAUGUAACAUUGUGUGCUGAAUAAUGUGGGAAGUGAAAUGGAUAACACAUGGCAGAGGCUUGUUUCAGUGGGGUCAGCCGAGGUAAGACACUCAGAUGGAGCUAAUGGUUUUCUCAUGUAUUAAAUUCUGGGGCGGGCAGCUAGCUACCUUACUGUAUUUAUUCUUUAGAGACAAGCUAGAGUUUGGAUUGAUGUUAUAUUUCAAAUGGAGUUUCAUAACCCAGAAGUUUUAUCUGGGAACAUGAUUGCUGAUUAUCUUGGCGUAAUACUGGACAGAUGUUAUUUUUGAGAGUAAGGUUUUUGCUGCCUUGGCCGUAAUCCGUUUUAGCUUCUUAAUGAUGCUCCAAAAUUGUGCAGAAGAGAUUUGAAAAUGGCCCUAGGUGACAUUUGAACAAUUGUAAAAUCUAUUCCAAAAUUGGAGAAACUAAAUGAUCUAAAAUACUCUUGUGUUAAAUGAAACAUUUUUUUGUCAGUGGUCAUGACUUACCCUAACCCAUGAAAAGUUGAAUCUGAUGUUGAGGCAAUAAUUUAUACAUAACUGAUCUCAUGAGAAGUAUCAGUUGCCACUGUCCGUGACCUCUAUAUUUGCGUGCGUGUGUGUGUGUUAAGGUUACCGUGUGUGUACUCUGUGACUCUCGCACAGUCGUGUAAUAAAAGCAGCGAGUGAAGUCUCACAGAGGCUGACUCAGAUUGGAGUGUAACUAAGCGUGCAGUAAAGUUUCGGAGUUCAGCGGGGCACAAGACGAAAAUCGGGAUGACACCCAUAAUUCAUAGCAUCCUCUGUACCUGCUGUGUCCCUUACAAUUCACUCCUGGACAAAGAAGAGCCAAUACCAACCAAUGGCCGUCCUUUUACUGAGCCAAAGCCCUCUAAGACUACAGCAAUAAUCCUAUGUACAUUUUAGGUUUCCACUGAAUUCAAUCACUAUCUGUAAUAGUGUGUUAGUUAGUCCUAUAUUGUUAAAGGUACGGUAAGUGAUUUAAAGCAAUUUGUCACCCAAUCUGUGAAAACCUGGCUUAAGUCUCAAAAUCAUGAGAUAACAAGCAUCAAAGUUUGGUUUAUAUGAUUAAUCUCACUUUGAUUUCAAUGUUUGACAUGGGACUAUUCAAUCAAUAUUUAAGAUAUCAAGAUUAUAUUUACACAGAAUUUUUCACAUUAUAUAGGGUGGUUUAAUGGUUUUAUUUUUUUUUUUUUUUAUUUAUCUCCGAUGUAUAGUUUAUUUAUUUUAAUACAUUGAUUUUAAAGUAUUGAUUUCUGCAUGUUUAUAGCAUGAUUCGUUUCUAUUGAAAUCUCUGUUGUUAGGUUUUAAAUAACCCACACACAACCUGUGAUUCGCACAAUAGUAGUUGGUUACAGGGACGUUGCCUAAAUGACCCUUUAAAGGGUGCAGAACAAAAUCUUUAUUGCUGCCCCCCUCCCUUGGGCCCAAUAACACUGCUAUACUAUAGAGUACUUUAGUGUUAUCCAUUUGUCACAGCCCCAGACCCAUGUUAAACAUCCCGGUUGUCCCCUGUCCCCAGUUAUUUAUUCUCAAGGUCUCUAGAUUUGGUAGAACACAUUAUGGCCUGAAAUGACCUAAAAUGGAUAGUACACCCAAAAAUGAAAAGUCUGUCAUCGUUUAAUCAU